GUAGCUAUUAUUUAUUGUAGGAAGAACUGAAAAUCAAUUACCUUGCAAUUGCAGCAACUAUUCUCAAUCCUCACUUUGAAAAUGAUGAAAGCUGAGGAUGCUGAGAAUUUGUAUCUCAAAUCUCAGAACCCUGCAUUUCGUUCCAUACUAUCCAUCCUUGUUAUGGGGUUACUUGUUGCUGCAUCAUCAAUGGAUGAUUAUAACAUCAAUUUCAAUUUCACUGGUUUCACCCCAAAUAUGCCUGACAUAGUGUAUGAAGCUGAUGCAUACGCAUCCAACAACGCAGUCCAACUCACCCUUAACCAAAUGAAACAGAAUCUACGGGGUGGUAUUGGUCGAGCCACUUAUUACAAGCCAAUGCACCUUUGGGACAAAUCAUCUGGGAAUCCCUUACUUGCAGAUUUCACCACUCAAUUUUCUUUCUCCAUUGAUUCCUUGCAUAAUAACUCAGGUGAUGGGUUUGCGUUUUUCAUUGCUCCCAAUGGCUCAAAAAUCCCACCUAAUUCCGGAGGUGGUAACUUGGGACUUCAAAGUAAAGGCGUCGUCAACCCUCCAUUUGUUGCAGUGGAGUUUGAUACGUUUGGCAAUCCUUGGGAUCCUUUCGGGUUGUCAGCUCACGUGGGCAUUGGUCUCAACACUAUCGAGACUUCUCUUACCGCUGUCAAAUGGUGGUGGAAUGAGAUUGCAAAUGGGGGAGUAGUUAAUGCUUUCAUCACUUACAACUCUAGUACAAACAACCUGAGUGUUCUUUUACUGGAUGCUGAUGAUUUUACCCUUCGAAAUUCAUCUAGGCUUUCUGCAAAUCUGGAUCUUAGCAUAUAUUUACCAGAAUGGGUCACAUCUGGCUUCUCAGGAACCACUGGAAGUUAUUAUGAGCUUCACACUAUUUAUUCCUGGAAUUUCAUCUCUACCUUACAAGUUGUUAUGCCCACGAAUACAACUAUCAAUCCUCCAGCAACAAGCCCUCCAGCCAACCCCAAGAGGAAGAGUAGGACAUGGCUAUGGGUAGUUUUAGCCAUCAUUGGUGCCAUUUCUGCUGCACUCCUGGUUUGGUUUUACUGCAGGAGGAGAAACUACAGCAGGAAAGAAGAUGGGACCAUGUCUGUCAACGUAAACAGAGAAAUGGUGACAGCAGCUAGGAAGUUUUCCUACAAGGAGCUAAGACUUGCAACCAGUAGUUUUGCUGAUGAAGGUCUGCUUGGGGAGGGAGGUUUUGGAAAGCUUUAUUUAGGCUUCUUGAGGGACAUAAGCUGCAAUAUUGCUGUCAAAAGGGUAACUCCAAAUUCCCAACAAGGGUUUAAAGAGUAUGAAUCAGAAAUUACCACUACUACCAGAUUGAUGCACAGAAAUUUGGUCCAACUCAUCGGUUGGUGCCAUGAUAAAAAUCAGUUCCUCAUUGUGUACGAGUUUCUUCCAAAUAAGAAUCUCGAUUACCAUCUACAUAGAGAGCCAUGCUUAUUGACAUGGGAUAAAAGGUAUAAAAUCGCUAUGGGAUUGGCUUCAGCGUUGUUCUAUCUGCAGGAAGAAUGUAAUCAAUGCGUGUUGCAUCGAGACAUCAAGUCAAGUAAUGGUCUGUUGGAUUUGAGUUUCAAUGCCAAGCUUGGUGACUUUGGGUUGGCUAGGCUUGUUGACCAUGGACAAGGGUCUCAAACAACACAGGUUAUGCUCGGGACGGAAGGUUAUAUAGCACCCGAGUGUCUUGACACAUACAAAGCCAUUAAAGAAUCCGACAUUUACAGUUUUGGUAUUGUUGCCUUAGAAAUAGCUUGCGGAGAGAAGGCGAUUGCUGUAAUCGACAGGAACGGCCAGAGGUUCAAAACAAAACUGGUGGAAUGGGUUUGGGAGCUAUAUGGGAAAGAGAGUCUUUUUGAUGCUGCAGACCCAAGAUUGUCUGGCAAUUACAACAUGGAACAAAUGGAACGGCUGCUCUUAGUCGGGAUGGCCUGUGCUCACCCAAACUAUUUUGACCGCCCAUCCAUAACGCAGGUUGUGGACAUCCUUUCUUUCAAAGCUCCACUACCCAUUAUACCACCGGAGAUGCCGAUUCCAACAUACAUUGUAUCACUGGAAGACACUAUUGUUACAUUUUCAACAUCCCUUUCAUCCAAUACUAGAGGCUCCAACAGAAGCCAAAACCAAAAUUCUGGCAAUGGUUCCAGUUGUUGAGAUAUGGUUGUUAGUGAGCCAAGGAGUUUAUGAGGGUCAAGUCUGUUAAGAUUAUGCUAAGUCGUUUUUUUUUCUCUAUAUAAAGGGUCAUUUGUACAUGGUUUUUGCAUGAGAAAGUAUCUUUCUGGUGCUCAUUGCUCUUGCUUUA